CAGCUGUGAUGCAACAGCCUCCAGUGGAGACGGAUGCCAACGGGGCCGGUGAGGGGCCGCAGCGGGCGCUGCCCUGGUCGGCCUGGGUCACGCGGCAGGAUUGGGUGCGCUGGUGCCUGUGCCAUGUGCCCCAGAGCUGGACCCAGUGGUGGACCACCUCGAGCUGGCGGCAGCCACUGCAGCGCAUGCUGUGGAACCUGGAGGGGAUCCUCUACCUGCUGCUGGCACUGAUGCUGUGCCAUGCGCUCUUCACUACCGGCUCCCACCUGCUGAGCUCCCUGUGGCCUGUGGUGGCCGCAGCCUGGCGCCAUCUGCUGCCCGCCGUCCUGCUGCUGAUGCUCAGCGCCCUCCCGGCCCUGCUCUUCACCGCCUCCUUCCUGCUGCUGUUCUCCACGCUGCUGAGCCUUGUGGGCCUCCUCGCCUCCAUGUCUCACCCAGGCUACGCUCAGGACUUGGACCAAUAGAAGGGCAACCC